AUGGGCAAAGAUAGGCUUCCUGUGAUGCUUUUCACCAUUAUAACACUAUUGAUGCCGGCUAGCCUUUCUGCUGUAGACACUCUUUCAAUCUUUUGUUCAACUGAUGCAAGAAACUACACUCCCAAUAGCCAAUUUGAAAACAAUCUCAAGCAGCUCCUUGAGUCAUUGUCUUUCAACACUUCCAUCUCAGGCGGCUUCUACAACAACACGAUCGGAGAUGGCCCUAGCAUGGUCUAUGGACAAUCACUUUGUAGAUGGGAUGUUAACUCCACAGUUUGUCAAAACUGUGUCAAUGAAGCAAGCCAAGAAAUCUUCAAGAGCUGUAAAACAACAGAUGCAAUGAUAUGGUAUGAACUCUGUCAAAUUCAAUAUUCUUACCAGAUAUCCUUUUCAUUGAUGGUUUAUACUGGAAAAUAUCCAGACAAGAAUAAUGAGGAGAAGACUGUAUCAAAUCCACAUCAUUUCAAGGAUGUAUUGAUGUAUUUAAUGAGAAACCUCUCCGGAGAGGCUGCGUUUAAUUCUUCAAAGCAUAUGUUUGCAACUGGGGAAGUUAAAUAUUCAGAAAAGAAUACUAUUUAUGGUCUACAACAAUGCACUAGAGACAUCUCUGAAAGUAACUGCAAUAAUUGUUUGAAUUCUGCUCUUGCUGAUCUUUCGGAAUGCUGCUCUUCUCACCAAGGUGGAACUGUUGUUAGUAGGAAUUGUAAUGUGAGGUUUGAACUGUACUCAUUUUUUAACGACACCUCGAGUUCUCUGUUAAAUUUCCCAUAUUCCAAAGGGGAUAAAUGGAAGACUUGGAAGGUGGUGGCUACAUGUGCAUCCAUCAUACUAUUAAUGGUCAUUUCAUUUUGCACUUUCCAUCAUCGGAUGAAAAAGAGAUUAGAAAACAUCGAAGAUGAAGAAAAAAGUGAGCAAGUACUAUUACAUGAUUUGGCAAGCCCCACUGGAGUCACAAUCACAGAAGAAGGCAAAUUCGUAAGUUCUGAGGAGCUAGCCUUCAUAGAUCUAGCUACUAUAAAAAUAGCAACUAAUGACUUCUCAGAUUCAAACAAGCUUGGACAAGGUGGGUUUGGUACUGUUUACAAGGGUUUGCUACCAGAUGGGAAAGAAGUAGCUGUUAAAAGACUGUCAAGGAAGUCAUGGCAAGGCUUGGAGGAGUUUAAGAAUGAGGUCAUACUCAUUGCAAAACUUCAACACAGAAACCUUGUGCGGCUCUUGGCAUGUGGCUUUGAGGGAGAGGAAAAGCUUCUGUUGUAUGAGUUCAUGCCAAAUAAAAGCCUAGAUGUCUUCAUCUUUGAUUCGGAAAGACGAGCUGAACUCAAUUGGAAAACAUAUUACAGCAUUAUUGAAGGCAUUGCCAGAGGACUUCUGUAUCUCCAUGAGGACUCGCGGCUCAAAAUCAUUCACAGGGAUUUGAAGCCUAGCAAUGUCCUGUUGGACCAUGAAAUGGUUGCCAAAAUAUCAGAUUUUGGCAUGGCAAGGAUCUUUUGUGAAAACCAGAACACAGCUAACACUAAAAGAGUUGUAGGAACCGGCUACAUGGCUCCGGAGUAUGCAAUGGAGGGUCUGUUUUCUGUAAAAUCUGAUGUUUACAGCUUUGGGGUAAUCUUGCUGGAGAUUAUUAGUGGGAAAAGGAAUAGCGGGUUCUAUCUCACAGAACAUGCCAAGACACUCGUUGCAUAUGCAUGGAGACUAUGGAAAGAUGGAAAAGAAUUAGAAUUUGUGGAACCUUUGUUGAUGGAAUCUUGGCGAAAAGCAGAGGUUUUGAAAUGCAUGCACAUUGCGCUUUUAUGUGUCCAGGAAGACCCUGAAGAGAGGCCUACCAUGUCAGCUGUGGUUGUAUUGCUUGGAAGUGAAUCAAUAGAUCUUCCUGAACCAAAGCAACCGGCAAUAUUUUCUGUAGGUAGAAUUCCAAUUAGCGAGUCUACAACUGAUCCUACUUCAAACGGGCUCACUCUUUCUAUCGUUUCGCCACGGUGA